AUGGCCGUAGAAGGUCUCGGGUUCUUGCCCGGCUUAGACAGCAUCGAAUACUAUGGCAUCGGUAUGGGCACAGAUCUCACUGCGCUUGACUCCCGCACUGCCAGGAGCCAGUCGCCCGGCGGCUCGAGCAUCAGUUUGGGACCAAGAGAAGAGGCACAAGAGCUCAUGUUCAAAUCGAUCAAAGACGACGCCAGCCUGUUACACCAUCGUCGUUCUUGUGCACCGUCACCGGAGCCGGUCGUGGCCAGCGACGACACUGCCAGUAAAAGCAUCACCCUGCAGAAAAAGGAUACACAGCAGACAGCCCAAUCGGACGAGGACUACCCAAAAACACCAGUGGUAUCCUCUUCAAGCAGCUUGACGAUAACCCAAACGUUCGCUGCGCCAUUGGAGUCAUAUCUGGCGUGCCCUCAACCACACGAGAAGCGGGCUCUGUGUCUCCUAGGCGACGAGGACGACCGAGAACAGAGGGCAAGUUCCUUAGAAAAUGGUUCCGUUGUCAUGGGCAUGAGAAGCGUGCCUGGCGUCUACAGAGUUCCAGCUCGAAGCCUUUCGCCCAUGGAUGCUGUCUUACGCUCGAAGCUUGGGCACAUGAUGGAGCGUUACCUGGCCUCCCAUGAUGUGCACGAUGCCUUGACCGACCAGAUGGAACAAAUCAGCUCAAGACAUGGGCGUGAAGACAGUGUUGAAAUCCCAGGCCCAGAGGUUGAGGUCGCUCAGUCAUUGGGAGACAGUCUCUCUGCCCUAGACCCCUUGAUGCCAUUGGCGACAAGUGCAGCGGCGGACAGUGUAGCCGCCGCCGUCGCCGCUGCCGUACCGGGCGGGCCCAUUGAAGUUGGAUCCGAUCACCAUGAUCCGGAUUCGGCCAUCUCGGACAUGGAGGCGGACGAGCUCCAUCAGCUGCUGUAA